AAGAUAAGCUGUUUAAACCAACUAUUCGACAAAAGAUUUGCUAAUUAUGUUUACCAAAUCUCUCAUUCGGUAGAUACAUGAUAAUAACCCUUUAUGUCUAUCAUGGGAUUUUAUCAUCAUUUUUAAAUCAACUCGCAGUCUAGUUCUCGCAGAAACCAGUGUGGUUCAAACAAUUCGAACGGAAAGACGGAAACAUACUCACCGGUAGUGCCAAAAUAGGAAUCAAAAACAAACACAAAGCAGGUGAAAUAAACGAUAACGAAAGUAAACCAAGUCAAUUAUCUCAACAAUUCUCCUAAGAAGGCGACGAUUCCUUAUGCAAUUAGAGAAAACCACAUUUUGCAUAAUUGCCAAACACCUAUAAAUAUAUAAUGGAAGUUGCAAAAAACGGAAAAACGGUCAAAAUAGACUCGCCCCCAAAACGGCGACGCCUCCGAGUCGGGGAUCCUGAUUUUGCGCCCCCUGAUGGGGGUUGGGGGUGGCUCAUUGUGUUUGCUUGCGGAUUCAGUAACUUGAGCACUUUUCCCAUGUUUCAACAAUUUGGUCUCGUCUUUCGUCAAAAAUUCAACGAUUUGGGGAUCACAAAUCCGCAAACUACGACUGUUAUUAAUCUAAAUUCAGCGUUUAAUUCGUGUGUGGGAUUGUUGAAUGGUCCAAUUUAUCGGAAAUUUACAUAUAGACAGGUCGCAAUGUUUGGCUCACUUUUAGUAGCCUCCUCACUGUUUAUCUCCACUUUGUGUCAAUCAUUUUGGACUUAUUUAAUUUUCUACGCUAUGUGUUAUGGUACCGGAAUUGGAGUCACACAAGCCGCUAAUGCUUUAGCUUUGAAUACUUAUUUCAAAAAUCGGAGAAGAAUUGCAACUGGUCUCUCGUGGAGUACUACAGCUCUAGGGCCUAUAGUCUGGCCUUACAUUAUUACAGCCCUUUUGGAAAUUUACGGAACGGAAGGGACACUCUUGAUUUUUGCAUCUUUUGCCCUUCAUGCAUUUUUGUGUUCAUUGCUUCUGCAACCAGUCGAAUGGCAUACCAAAUUCCGAGAAGUCGAAAAUGGUAUUCCAGAAGCAAAACCCUUCCUAGAAGAAGGCAAAUUGACCAAAUCUUCAAAAUCGCGAAGUCUUCUCUCAAGUCAAUAUCUUUACAAUGAAGAUGAUCCACAUGCCACUGGUUACGAAAUUAUAGAUCCUGGUACACCCAUGAUGGUCAAAGCAAAUGAUGGGUGGUAUUCCCAAAAUCGGUCACUGGCGGGUUCUAGACUUUCUCUAGCUUCGAAUAAAACCAACAAAACGCAUUCGAGGUUACCAUCGGGACAAAAUUCAGUUGCUAUGUCAAAACGACCAUCUUAUAAUAAUUUAUCAAAAGCCGGGUCUAAAAGAAACUCUUCGUUAAAUUUAAACCAAGAAGGUAAAGAACGGAAACGCAAAAUUUCACAAUCGAAAGCUGCAAUUCAAGAAGAAGAAGAACAACAACACGAAAACAAUACACUUCUCGUGUCUGAAUAUCACGAAAAAGACGUCCUUAAAACCGCUGCUAAAAAAUUAGAAGAAUACAAACAGGAACACGACGAAGAAGAAGACAAACCACCAGAAAAAAUUUCAUUCUUUCGAAAAAUCGCAAUUUUUUUCGAUUUCGACCUCUUCAAAGACCCUAUCUAUGUCAAUCUCAUGUUGGGCAUCACAAUUGCCAACUUUGUCGAAAUAAAUUUCUCGAUAAUCACACCAAUGGUACUCGAAGAAUUCCAUUUUGGUAAAUACCAAAUCGCUACUUUUAUGUCACUAUUAGGCGCCACCGACAUUCUUGUCAGAUUUUUCGUCCCAUUUAUAGCCGAACUAAUAGGAUGGGAAAACAAAACUUUCUUUCUUGUUGGCGUCCUAAGCAUGGCCUUGGGACGAAUAAUUCUGGUCCACACACAAACCUACAUUUUUGGUUUAGUAGUCGCUGUUAUUAUAGGUGCCGGCAAAGGCCUUCGAACAAUUUUCAUGGCCUUGGUAAUACCAACUCAUGUGCCUUUAGAACGCCUUCCGGCCGCUUCCGGUCUCCAAUUGGCCACUAGUGGCCUACUUUUUCUCGUCAUGGGGCCUGUAGUAGGCUGGAUUAGAGAUACGGUAAAAAAUUACGUCAUUACGUUACACAUCCUCAAUUUAAUGACAUACACGACCGCAAUAGCGUGGACGAUUGAAAGUUACAUCAGUAAACGAAAAAAAGCCAAAAAUGAAACCAAAAUAUGAAAAAAUGUGAUUGAUACCUGAAGGCUGUUUUAUGUGUCCAAGUACUUAACAUUUAUAGAUGUUCCAGAAUUAUUACUUUUAUACGUUAAUGUAUAUUUUGUUUGUUUUUAAUAAAAUUAUCUA